AUGCCCUCCAAGACUCCCAAGAACCGCGGCCUCAAGCCCUCCUCGUCCGAGUCCAAGUCUGACCGCAAGCCCAGCGCCGCCGAGCUCGUGGGUACCGACACCAAGCCCGUCCUGGACGACCAGGACCAGGACCACGGCUCCGAGUUCGCGCCCACCGCCUCCGGCUCGGGCUCGGAGGAGGACGACUAUACGCUCCACCCCAUGGCGUACCCGGACCCCGACGACUCGGCCGACGGCGACUUUGCAGGCGAGGACGAUAUCGACGACGACGACUAUGGCGCGGGCAAGAAGCGUAAGCGGGGCACGGGCAAGCCCAAGCCCAAGUCCAACUCCAAGCCCAAGACCAAAUCCAGGACCACAAACGCUUCUCCCAAGCGUCCCCGCAGCAGCGGCGGAGGCGGAGGUGGAGGUACGGGACACGCGUGGACCGGCGACGAGGACUGGAGGCUCUUCAAGGCGCUCCACCCGCGCACUCCGGGCGGCUGGGGACGUGCUUCCAGUGAGGUCGGCGGUGGGCGGGACGAAAAGGUGAGUUUGGGGUGGUGGUUGGCUCCCGUUCCUGCCUGUUCAUCUGGUGGUGUGUGCUGUCCCUCGACAGCUGUCUGUGUGGUUUGUGGUUCUGGCUCGGGAGUGGGUCUUGUGGUCUCUUGA